UCAGAUGUCCAUCUAUCCCAUACUAUGACAUCAGAUGUCCAUCUAAGAUCAAUAGAUCCUUCUAAUCCUGAGGAACCUUCUGAUGAAUCCCACACUAUGACUUCAGAGGUCAAUAUGAGAUCUCACAGUGCCGAUCACUCGACACAUCCACCCAAUCCCAUGAAGUCUUCUUUAUAUGAUGAAGAUCAUACAGGAGGGAGUUCCUCGCUAUCUCCAGAUUGUGAGGAGUCUCUCGCUUAUAAUAGAGCACCACCUAAACAGCAACAAAGUCCCUCGAGAGAGCGUCCUUUUCCAUGUUUAGAGUGCGGGAAAUGUUUCCCUCGGAAAGGAGACCUUGUUGGGCACCAGAGAUUUCACACGGGUGAGCGUCCCUAUUCAUGUUCAGAGUGCGGAAAAUGUUUCACUCAAAGAGGAGACCUUUCUAAUCACCAGAGAAUGCACACAGGUGAGCGUCCUUUUUUGUGUUCGGAGUGCGGAAAAUGUUUCCCCUAUCGAAGAAGCCUUGAGCUACACCAGAAAACCCACACAGAUAGGCUUCUUUUUCCUUGUACCGAGUGCGGCAAAUGUUUUACUACGAAACAAAGCCUUCUUAAACACCAGAUAGUUCACACGGUCAAGCAUUUUUUCUCAUGUUCAGAGUGCGGGAAAUGUUUUACUCAGCAACAAAAUCUUCUUAAUCACCAGAAAGUUCACACAGGUGAGCGUCCUUUUUCCUGUUCAGAGUGCGAGAAAUGUUUCACUAUGAAAAAAUACCUUCUUGACCACCAGAAAAUUCACAUGGGUGAGCGUCCUUUUUCGUGUUCGGAGUGCAGGAAAUCUUUCACUUCAAAACAUUACCUUCGUAUACACCAGAGAGUUCACACCGGUGAGCGUCCUUUCUCAUGUUUAGAGUGCGGGAAAAGUUUCACUCUGAAGCAAAAACUUCAUGUGCACCAGAGAGUUCACACGGGCGAACGUCCUUAUUCUUGUUCAGAGUGCGGGAAAUGUUUCGCUCAGAAAAUAUACUUUCUUGAUCACCAGAGAAUUCACGCGGGGGAGCGUCCUUUUUCAUGUCCGGAGUGCGGGAAAACUUUCACUAUGAAACAAAAGCUUCAUGUACACCAGAGGAUUCACACAGCUGAGCGUCCUUUUUCUUGUUCGGAGUGCGGGAAAUGUUUUGCUACAAAAUCAUACCUUGUUCGGCACCAGAAACUUCACACGGGUGAGCUUCCUUUUUCAUGUUCGGAGUGCGGGAAAAGUUUCGCUCUGAAGCAAAAACUUUGUUUGCACCAGAGAGUUCACACUGGCGAACGUCCUUAUUCUUGUUCAGAGUGCGGGAAAUGUUUUGCUCGGAAAAUAUACUUUCUUGAUCACCAGAGAAUUCACAAGGGGGAGCGUCCUUUUUCAUGUCCGGAGUGUGGGAAAAGUUUCACUAUGAAACAAAAGCUUCAUGUACACCAGAGGAUUCACACAGCUGAGCGUCCUUUUUCAUGUUCGGAGUGCGGGAAAUGUUUUGCUACAAAAAUAUACCUUGUUGGGCACCAGAAACUUCACACGAGGGAGCGUCCUUUUUCAUGUUCGGAGUGCGGGAAAUGUUUUGCUACAAAAGCAUACCUUGUUCGGCACCAGAAACUUCACACGGAUGAGCUUCCUUUUUCAUGUUCGGAGUGCGGGAAAUGUUUCAAUCUGAAAGCAAGACUUCUUAAACACCAGAGAAGUCACCUCGGUGAGCAUCUUUCUCAGGUUCAGAGUGUGGGAAAUGCUUUACAGUCCAAGGAAAUCGAAUUGGGCGUCAAAGAUUUCACACAAUGAUUCAUAAAAUUGUUAUUUAAAGGGGAACAUCCCGGGAAAAGGUAUAUCUUAUUUAGAGGUGGAGUCUGCCAAGUUGAGUCGCCUACUGGUUUCUUCCUUUUCUUGGAGACUUCAUCUUCUGAAAGUCCCGGCUCUCUUUCUGGCCAAGUUGGGUUGUCCCAUUCCUCUUUUUCCAUUCUCCCCCAAUAACCAAAUCCAGUAAGAUGAGUGGGAGUCCCCCAUAAAGGUCCAUCAUAUAUACAGACCCCGACCUCAAGAGACGAAGGCCUACCAUGAGAUUUUUAUUUUUUUUUUAUCACCCACCAACCUCCGAUCCUCCUCCUUCCCCCCGGAGAAAGGAGAUGAGCUUCGUGGUCAGUCCAAACUCAAGUUUAGAGCUUUCGAUGAAGGAAGCACCCGCCACGUCCUUAGCAACCACUGAUGUCACCUGACUUGAUUCAAUGACAUGCCUGGGGAUUCUCAAGCGACCUUGGCAACAUCAGGUGCUUUCACCCGCCACGUCCUUAGCAACCACUGAUGUCACCUGACAUGAUUCAAUGACAUGCCUGGGGAUUCUCAAGCGACCUUAGCAACAGCAGGUGCUUGCACCCGCCACGUCCUUAGCAACCACUGAUGUCACCUGACAUGAUUCAAUGACAUGCCUGGGGAUUCUCAAGCGACCUUAGCAACAGCAGGUGCUUGCACCCGCCACGUCCUUAGCAACCACUGAUGUCACCUGACUUGAUUAAUUGACAUGGCUGGGGAUUCUUAAGCCACGUUAGCCAAGGGGUUGGGAUAGGUGAUGACAUCAUUGGCUAAAUAUGCCACAGGGCAAUGAUGUCACCACAGUACUUGCUCUUUCACUUAUAUUGUCCCUCAAUGGCCUAAUAUGGAUUAUGGGAGAACCACAUGCUGAUUUUUAUUGUGGGGAUCCCCUAUUAACAAGUUUAGAGUUUUUUCAGUGUGGAGCAAUGGUUUCUGAGGAAGCAGCAGGUGCUUGCACCCGCCGCGUCCUUAGCAACCACUGAUGUCACCUGACUUGAUUCAUUGACAUGGCUGGGAAUUCUUAAUCCACGUUAGCAAAGGGGUUGGGAUAGGUGAUGACAUCAUUGGCUAAAUAUGGCUUGCAACGAAGCCCCGAAAUGAAAUGAAAUUCUGAGUCCAGUGUGGUUGUACUGAGUCUGGUUAGAUCAGACCGGACUGGGCUUCUCAGGUCACCCAGUGCUCCUAACAGACACUGGGCGACUUACACUUAAGAGGGGCCUGGGGAGCUGAAAAUUGUUUAUUGGCUCACCUAAGGUAAAAUGGGUUCUAAAAGUCCCCCACCCAAAGUGACUCCCGUCACAUGCUUCAGGAAAAUUAUGUGACCUUUGUUCUUGCUCCUUCACUUAUAUUGUUCCUCAAGGGCCUAAUAUGGAUCAUGGCUGAAUUAUGGGGGGAUCCCCUACUAACAAGUUUAGAGUUUUCAAUGUGGCGCAAUGGUUUCUGAGGAAGCAGCAGGUGCUUGCACCCGCCACGUCCUUAGCAACCACUGAUGUCACCUGACUUCAUUUUAACAAAAAGAGUUUCUUGGCUCCCCUAAGGUAAGCUGGGUUCUACAAGUCCCCCACCCAAAGUGACUCCCGUCACAUGCCACAGGGCAAUGAUGUCACCACAGUACUUGCUCUUUUACUUAUAAGUAAAUAUGGAUUAUGGGGGAACCCCAUGCUGAUUUUUAUUGUGGGGAUCCCCUAUUAACAAGUUUAGAGUUUUUUCAGUGUGGCUCAAUGGUUUCUGAGGAAGCAGCAGGUGCUUGCACCCGCCACGUCCUUAGCAACCACUGAUGUCACCUGACUUGAUUCAUCGACAUGGCUGGGGAUUCUCGAGCCAAAGGGGUUGGGAUAGGUGGUGACAUCCUUGGCUAAAUCAAGCUUGCGCCGAACCCCCGUACUCCUGAAGGGUAUGUCCGCUGUAUAAGCUGCUUCCCUUGCUCGGUACCAGCACGAUCCAAGUUCCCUUAGCCCACCCAGUCACUAGCCGUUACUUUGUGUAGGGUGGAUAAAAUCAUUAGACUUUUAUUGAUGAACAGACACAAGUAUAUAUCUCUGGAGACAAUGCCCGUCCUUGUUGGCAUAGAGACACGGCCAGAUUCUCGUCCAGCGGCGUAUCUUUGUGGCGGCGUAACAUAUCCGAUUUACGUUACGCCUCUGCAACUUAGA